AUGGCCUACACUUUGGGCUCAGCCAUUGAGGGCCAGACACGUGGUGUAGGACCUCAGCACUGCAUCACACGGGUGGAGCUUUCUGUUACUGCUGCCAACCUUCUGGAUCGCGAUGUAGCCUCCAAGUCUGACCCGUUCUGUGUUCUCUUCCAUGAAGUGGAUGGGAACUGGGUGGAGCUUGGCCGGACUGAAACAGCUGUUAAUAAUUUAAACCCAGUUUUUGGAGUGAAGUUCCAGGUGGACUACCACUUUGAGGAGAUCCAGAAGCUUCGCUUUGCCAUGUUUGAUGAAGACAAGUGUGCCACACAGCUCUAUGAACAUGAUUUCUUGGGAGAAUAUGUUUGCACUCUUGGAGUUAUUGUGUCCAAUAAGAAACUUCACCGGCCGUUGAUCUUAGCUAACGGGAAACCAGCUGGCAAAGGAUCCAUCACUAUUACAGCCCAGGAGCUGUCUGACAACAGAAUCAUCACUUUGACCCUUAGCGGGCGUAAACUGGACAAGAAGGACUUCUUUGGGAAGUCAGACCCUUAUCUGGAAUUUCACAAACAGGGGGAAGAUGACAAAUGGAUGCUGGUGCACAGGACAGAGGUCAUAAAGAACACUUUAGACCCCUCGUGGAAACAGUUUACUGUGCCUCUAGUUUCUCUCUGUAAUGGAGAUGUCGACAGAAACAUCAAGGUCUUGUGUUAUGACUAUGAUAAUGAUGGUGGCCAUGACUUCAUCGGAGAAUUCCAAACGACAGUGGCCAAGAUGAGUGAGGCGCAGAACUCAGUGGAGGUGGAAUUUGAGUGCAUCAACCCAAAGAAACAAAAGAAGAAGAAGAAUUAUAAAAAUUCUGGCGUUAUUAUCCUCAAAUCAUGUAAGAUUAUAAGGAACUACACUUUCCUGGAUUACAUACUUGGAGGAUGCCAACUCAUGUUUACUGUUGGUAUAGACUUCACAGCAUCCAACGGGAACCCUAGAGAGCCUUCUUCCCUCCAUUACAUUAACCCACUGGGAAGCAAUGAGUAUCUUGCUGCUAUCUUAGCUGUUGGACAAAUCAUACAGGACUAUGACACGGACAAAAUGUUUCCUGCUUUGGGAUUUGGAGCCCAACUCCCACCGGACUGGAAGGUGUCACAUGAAUUUGCAAUCAACUUUAACUCCACAAACCCUUUCUGUUCAGGUGUGGAGGGUAUUGCACAGGCUUACUCUGCUUGUCUUCCCCACAUCCGUUUUUACGGGCCAACAAACUUUGCUCCAAUUAUUAAUCACGUAGCCCGUUUUGCAGCCCAGGCCCUGCAACAAGAAAAGGCGGCGCAGUACUUCACUCUCCUCAUUAUAACAGACGGCGUCAUCAGUGACAUGGAUGAGACGCGUCAUUCCAUCGUUGAGGCAUCCAAGCUGCCCAUGUCCAUCAUCAUCAUCGGUGUGGGCAAUGCGGACUUUGCUGCCAUGGAGUUUUUAGAUGGAGACUCCAGUGUGUUGAGGUCCAACACAGGGGAGGAGGCUGUUCGAGACAUUGUGCAGUUUGUUCCCUUUAGAGAUUUUCGUAAUGCCCCUAAGGAGACCCUCGCCAAGUCCGUCCUGGCAGAGCUGCCUCAGCAGGUCACUCAGUACUUUAAACAGCGGAACCUUCCACCCACCGACCCAGCACCGGAGUGAGAUGAGUGAGAAAAUGACUGCUCACACCCUGUUAAAAAAAGCUCGUUAACAAGGGCCAGUGCACAUCGAAAGUGUGUGAAUUAAAUAUCGGCAAAUUCCUCGUAUCUGGAACAUUUCAGCAUUUUUUUUCUUUAAGAGAGAGAUUUGUAGAUAUUUAAAAUGAAUCCAUCAAAAGUGGUGGUUCUGUUUUACGUUUUCAAGACCAGUGAUAAAAACGUAUGUGAACCCCAGGUGAAACACUGCUCAAUUCCAAGGGAGGAAAAGUCUUAUUG